AUGUACAUCUUGGCACAAAGUUGGCAACCGACCUUUUGUUUCAAUAAAGAGCAAGAGUAUCCGGGCUGUCGUGCUCCUCAAAGCUAUUGGCAGUCCCAUUUAACACUUCAUGGUCUAUGGCCAGAACGUUCGGGUAGUGUCCCUCCCAGUUUCUGUUCGGAUGAGGCCUUUGAUGCCAAUAAAAUCGAACGUGAGCUCGGGAUUGAUACGCUGCAUGAAUUCUGGCCGGACGUGAAAUUUAGUGAAGCGUCGCCAUUAUAUGCGGAUUUCUGGAAGCACGAGUGGAUGCGACAUGGCACGUGUUCCGGAUUGUCGCAAGUUGAUUAUUUUACACACGCAAUUGACCUCGAACGGAACGAGACACUGGCACCGACACCACAGUUUGUACAGACUCAUAUUGGUGGACAAGUGGAUGGGAAGGAAUUGCGUCAAGCUUUUGGGGACGCAGCACUGAAAUGUCAGUACGUUCAUGGAGGUGUCAUGAUGUUCUCCCAGGUCUUUACGUGCUGGCAGAAGGAUGAACACAAUGUCCCGAUACGGCGUCGCGCGUGUCCACCGCAUAUUCACUCGGAAGAUACAUGUGGCAAAGGUAGUGUAGCCAUCCCUGCAUUCCCUGCUUUCGACGGUGAGUAG